UAGUUGCCUCCCUGAGCUUCUAGCUCCUCUCCGCCUUGUGGCUCCCUCUUCCUGUCUCUAUCGGCUCACCUCAGUAGUUUAGCAGGCUUGCACGGAGAGUCGAGGGCUGUUCCCUUUCGCCUCUGCCCAGCACGCCGAAACCAUACAUUCCCCACCAUGGCUGCCACGGACGUUGACGUGUUUUCGAAUGAAGAGAAGCGCAACCUCAGCUUGGGUGGCCAUGUUGGAUUUGACAGCCUUCCUGACCAGCUGGUCAGUAAAUCGGUCACACAGGGUUUCUGCUUCAACAUUCUGUGUGUAGGAGAAACAGGCAUUGGAAAGUCAACGCUAAUGAACACACUUUUCAACACAAUGUUUGAGAAUGAAGAGGCAAGCCAUUACCAGAACGGUGUGUAUUUGCGGCCGCGAACGUACGACCUCCAAGAAAGCAACGUCCACCUCAAACUCACCAUUGUCGACACGGUUGGCUUCGGUGACCAGAUCAACAAAGAGGAUAGCUACAAGCCCAUUGUUGACUACAUUGACACUCAGUUUGAAAACUAUCUGCAAGAAGAGCUGAAGAUCAAACGGUCGCUUUUUAACUACCACGACACCAGGAUCCACAUCUGCCUUUAUUUCAUCGCUCCAACGGGACACUCCCUCAAAUCACUGGACCUCGUCACAAUGAAGAAACUAGACAGCAAGGUCAGUAUCAUUCCCAUCAUCGCCAAAGCGGACACGGUCUCCAAGAGUGAGCUUCAUAAAUUCAAAAUAAAGAUAAUGAGUGAGCUUGUGAGCAACGGCGUCCAGAUAUAUCAGUUCCCAACGGACGAUGAAGCUGUCAGCGAGAUCAACGCCUCCAUGAAUGCCCAUCUGCCGUUCGCUGUUGUAGGGAGCGUGGAAGAGGUCAAAGUAGGGAACAAAACGGUGAGGGCCAGGCAGUAUCCCUGGGGAGUUGUGCAAGUUGAGAACGAGAGCCACUGUGACUUUGUGAAACUCCGAGAGAUGCUGAUCAGAGUCAACAUGGAAGAUCUGAGGGAGCAAACACACGCCCGCCACUAUGAGCUGUACCGGCGCUGCAAGCUGGAGGAGAUGGGCUUCAAGGACACAGACCCAGACAGCCAGCCUUUCAGCCUUCAAGAGACUUAUGAGGCCAAGAGGAAAGAGUUUUUAGGGGACCUGCAACGGAAAGAGGAGGAAAUGCGGCAAAUGUUUGUUAACAAAGUAAAAGAAACUGAAGCAGAGCUUAAAGAAAAGGAGAGAGAGUUGCAUGAGAAGUUUGAGCAGCUGAAGCGGAUGCACCAGGAGGAGAAGAGGAAGGUGGAGGAGAAGCGGAGAGACCUGGAGGAGGAGAUGAACGCGUUCAACAGGAAGAAAAUGGCAGUGGAGACGCUGUCCUUAUCUCAGCCCCUCAAGAAAGACAAGGACAAGAAAAAUUAAUUUGUGGGGCGCAGCACACCCAUCCAUCUACACACGGCCAUGGAUUUGUCCUCCAUCACCAUAGCAACGACAUCAUCUGGUUCUGUUUCGUGUUAUUUUGUUUUUGACAUUCCAUCUUUUUGCCAUUGUGCACAUGGACCAAACACACUGAGGAUGAUGAUGAUGAUGGUGAAGCCACAGCAGAGAUUCACCUUCCAUCAGUGGCCAUCUCAUUCAUUCAGGAAACGUUUUGGACACUUAAAAAAAAUGUGUGUUUUGUUUUCUGAUUUAAAUGUUUUUGUUUUGUUUGUGUUUCACCAUCAGCUUCUCCACACAUCCAUGGGACCUUCUUGAUACUACAGCAGGCUAAAUUGAGUAUUUUAAACAUAAAUUGUGCUCAUUUUCAUAGGACUGAAUUCUGGAUUUAGGAUGUUAAUAAAAUAAAAGCUGUCCUUAACGUCUGUUAUGGAGUACAUAGCGCAGAUGUUUUUUAUAAUCUAGUAUAGCAGAAUUAGUCCCCGUUUAGAUUAAGCCUAAAUAAAACCUUUAAAUAAAUAACCGAGUACCUGUGGUACCGACGACCUAAAAUCUAGGCUCGUUUCAAUAAUCGAUGCAACAUUCUUGUGCUGCAAUUCAAUAAAAGUAUGUGAAUAUUUCCUAGAGUUUACUAAGCUUACAGUUAUAUGCAAAUAAAGUUCUAGUUUUUAAAUAUUGAACACAAAUAUAAGAAGGCCAUAAAGAUGCUGUACAUGUUUGUUAGUGGUUUAACAUUAUUGUAAACGUUGAUGUUUUAUGACUGUGGAAUCAGCUAUGAAGCCAGUAAACAAGAUUCAGGAAAAGAUUCAAGCCUCCACUUGCUUGUAGAGGAGUUUACACUCAGACAAAACAAGAGCAGCUGUAUUUACUGUCUGUUGUUGCAAAUAAACACAAACCCCUCUCUUCCUCCUGACUUUGAAGCCUCCUCUCCCCUGGUUUGUUGUUGUGAGUGACGGGCAGGUAGCAAAACAUCUGUCAGCUGGAGACGAGGCCUUUCCUGUUUAACGGUGUCUAACCCAGAGGCUUUUAUGACCAUCUCUGCAGGUGUGCGUGUGCGAAAAGAAAGUGAUGUUUAGGAGUUGUGUAAAUUGCAUUAUAAAGAAGACAUACUGUGACUUUUUUUUCUUAGGUUAUAAUAGUUCUGUGGUCAAUACAAACGUAUUCUUUGCAUCAAGUCCUCACAUGAAGCAAUUUCAGCAGUUUUAGUCCUUCAGUACCUUCCAGAAUGAGUCGUUUAAGGGUUCUGGUCUCUCCUGUACGUGAGAGAUGGUUUUAUUCUACUUUCUCUGUUUGUGACAUCACAAACGGGAACUUUUUGAAAUGGCUCGUUUAGGCACAUCAUUCCUAGAACAAAACGGGGACAGAAAAUGCACGGGCAGAUUGGUUUUUCACACUUGGAUUAUUUAUAGAGGCUCUAGAGACCCAUAUGGCAGCACAAAAGGUGAGUUUUGCAUAGCAGGACCCCCAUAAUUAGCUUUUCAGUUAAGGUUCUAGUGAGACUUUUCUGUAAGUUUUGUAUACAUUUGUUGAGAAAUCAUGUCUGUUUUGUACCUAAACCCAUAAGGCAAGCGUAUCAGUUCUAUUAACAGAAAAAAACGUUCCUCUUAUUACGUAUUUUAUAAUUAAUUACCAGUUCCUUGAAUUUUUUUUAUAACCUUUCCUGGAGCUCAGGACUUCUUUUUGGGUUUGGACUUGCCAGUACCCCGUCACCGCUGCUGUACAGUUUUAUUUUCGAGGUAUUUAUUUCAGCACGUUUAGAAACCAACAGGAGGAAGUCACAAAUCUGUAAUGUAGAUCCUCACCGUUUCCUGAGACAACUGAGCCAACACUAUUAUCAUUCUGUCCACCACCUGCGGAGCUGGCUGGAUCUCCUCCAGCAGCACAAUAUGUUCAGAGCUCUCUGUUCUGUCCUUGAACACACGGUGCUAACAGAGCUGAAUGAUAAUCGCUCUCCGGCAGGCUGCAGCUGCUCUUCUUCAAUGCUGCAAGGUAUCUCGAGCGUUGCAGAAAAAUUAAUCACAGGUGAAAUCAAAAGAGUUGCCCCUAUAUGGGGACCUUCAGGAAUCUAUUGAUGUUUCAGACCUUAAGUAUUCAGGUAGAAAUGCAGAUUUCUCAUGACCAUGAAAAACCCAAGUUGUUAAACUUUCUGAACAUCUACAAACCAAAUUACAAACCAGAGCCGUUGGAAGCAAAUUCUCACUUGGAAUACAAUCAUGUCUUUUUAAAAACCCCUUCUGGAGAGAAAGAUGAAUUUCUGUGCAAAUAUGACCUUGAAAAUAACUCACUGGCAAGGGAAAAUUUUAGCAAUGAGCCGAUUUGGAGGUUAUAUUUUUCUGAAAUAAAUUCUACAGAUCUCAACCUUUUAAAGCCACAUUUAUGUUAGAAAUACCAUUUUGGUCCAGUUUCUUCCAAACCUGCUGUGCCAUUUCAUCUAGGUGCUUUAAAGGGAUACUUUGAAACUUUUUCAUAUUUUUAAACCAUUUUCAUGAACCGGAAUGUGCUAAAACAACCCUUUACAGGGUUAAUAAAAGGCCACCCAGCCCCUAUCACCCCUGUGGCCAGAAUAUUCCACUUGCAACUUCAGACAGGCAGUCUGCUCUGCUGGGACUUAAAAAAAAAUUGAGCUUACAUACCUGGUGCUGCAGCCUAGUUCCAACACGUUUCAGGUUAUGAACACAGCAGAUUUGUUUAAUUUAGUGAUGAACCACUCCUAUAGACACCAAGGAAGGCUAGGGAGGCAUGUCAGCUGUUCGAUUAAGGUGUUAAAAAGACGAACGCACAGCAAGAUGGGUUUUGAUGUUGGUUCUACAAAUGGACACUAGAGGGCGUUAAAAUAAGCAAAAACUGCUUAGUUUUAGAUGAACAUUAAAGGGGCAUUAUGGAAGUUUGUCAGCCAAAACAUGUAUAGAAAUAAUAAAUUUCUCCUUCAUACAUUCUCCUGCAAUGCCCUGGUCCUGUAGAAUGAGCCCUGGCAUUUUUACUGAUUGCCAGUUUUUCUGUAAAAUCACAGAAAGAGUUGCUCGGGUCGAGCAGGCUGCUUCAUGCGCGUUCACGCUCAGGCAUCGCCCGUAGCAUUUGCUAUCAGUAGCUUUAGCAGCAGAGAGAGAGAGGCAGUGCCAACUCAGCGACUUUGUCGCUGUUCCUAACGCCUAGUGAUGAACCUAGCUACAUUUCUGAGGACCCUUAGCUACUUUCGUCUAGAUAUUUCCUGCAAAUUAGCAACAAAAUAGCCAUUUUCGCUCCGAACCGUUCUUUGAACAUUGUUUCAGCUGUCAUCAAGGAUAUAAAAGUUACAGAUACAACAGAUGUCACUGGCGCUUCAGCUCACCUAUUAAGACGUCACUCUCUCGUGCAGUAGGCCCGGGAUCGAUUCUGAAUGUGAGCAUAAUUUAUUUAGUUUAUUUUUUACAUUAAUGGUAUAUUUUUUUACAGUAAGAUGCCCAAAUUUUUAUUUGAGACUCUCCGAACGGCAUUGAAUUCACAGAUAAAAAAGACGUGGGUUCAACUUUCAUUUUGGACCAAUUUUUCAAGCAAGGGAAGGGAAUGAUCUGAGCAUGCAGGGAGACUGACCCAUCUUAAACCUUUGGCGGCUGUGCUGAAGAGAAAGGUACAGAACCAAAUUGUUUAAUUAGCUGCACUUUCUCCUGUCCUCCAGGCCACACACACACAUGGGACUGUCUCAGCUGUUAUUUUCGUUGAGUGUACACGUAUAGCAUGCGCGCCUCGUGCACAAGCCUACUAUUGAAGCUGCCGUUACGCUUUUGGCCUGAGGGGGCAAUCGCGAGCAUAAAAAUUCAAAACUCCAUAAAGUCCCUUUAAAAAAUUAUUACUCUUUACAUUUAAACCACGAGUAGAACCAGUUGACGUAACUUGGUUAAGUUAAUUCAACAUUUCAUUGUUUACAGUGUACAGUGUUUACAGAGGGGAGAUAUGUUCUAUGCAGGGGUGUUUUAUUUUGCAGAUAUUGUGCAUAAUGGUGCAGCUCUGAAAAUUUGUGCAACCAAGAUGAAAACACAUUUGUUUUAAGGUGUAGCUUUAUUUCUGUGAUCGAACAAAGUAUGACAUAGCUGCCUUUAGUAGAUGAAGGGAAAAAUAAACAAUAAAAAUAGUCACAGAGCAGCUUGGUCCAGCUUUAUCUUAGAAAACUGACCGUAACAAGUUCACAUUAGAAAAAACUGUAGAGACAGUUUACGUGUCUUUGGGCUUCAGCAGUUUGGCAGCGAAGCUUUAUCCUCCCCCAGGGGGACAAGCUGAGCUUAUUCAGCUAACAUCAAACGCUUUUCCUUUUGCCAUCCACUCACAUGUACCACGAUCCUGUAAAUCUGGCAAGGCUGGCUAGUUUUUACAUGAUAAAAAAAAAAAAAAUCUGUUGAAAUAAAAACAUUCAUCCCAAAUUUCACAUUUCCUGUGAUUCAUUUUAAAAUACUGCAAAAAUAAAUUAGAUCACUACCACAAAUGGGCCAAUCUCACAAUGUUGUCAUUCUGCUCUAAUGUUGAACUAAUUUCCCAAAAGGUGCUCUCGUUGCAUAUGUAACUACGGUUGAAGUAAAAAAAAAAAAAAAAAAACAA